AUGUGGCAGCUAAUGUUCCGUAAUGGUGCACGCCUAGUACUGGGCUCAACAGCCGUCGGGGCCGGCGGCGUGACGUACGCCGCCCAUUCAGACGAGGGGUUCAACCGCUCGUUGUACUUUUGGCGCAAAGCGUUCCCCAUUUACUUGCACUAUCGCGCUGCGAAGGUGUACAUGGAUUCCCUCAACUUUUCGAUCGAGGAGCAGGAUAUCGAGUAUGAGAGGUUGCACGACAAAUACGCCCCGGAGGUCUUUGAUAUUGUCUUGGAGCUCAAAGGGUUUUACGUCAAACUGGCCCAAACCGGUUCGACACGACCAGAUGUUUUGCCGAAACAGUAUCUCGAUCGAGCCGCGAAACUUCAAGAUGACGCGCCUUCGAAACCGGUGGCGGAGAUUUGCGCGAUUAUGGAACAGAGUUACGGUAAACCGGUAAACCAGUUGUUUCGGUCCAUUGACCCAAAACCGCUGGGCGCCGCGUCGAUUGGUCAAGCCCAUCGAGCGGUUCUAUUGGAUGGGGAAGAAGUGGCAGUAAAGGUGCAACAUCCGGAUGCCGAGACUUUUUUCCGCUGGGAUAUCAAGACGAUUCAGGACUUUUGUCGGUACUUUCAACCGGUACAUCUACCGUUCCUUUAUGAGGUUGAGAAGCAGUUUAUGACGGAGUUUAAUUACAUUGAAGAAGCCAAGAAUCUGGAUAUUGUGCGAACAAAUAUCGCGAACAGCCCGUACGCCUCAAAAGUCGCGAUUCCGAACCCCAAGAUGGAAUAUUGCACGAAAGAGGUCUUGGUGAUGGAGUUUUUGAAAGGACGGAAACUGCUGGACGGCAUUCAAGACCAUUUUGAAGCUAUUGCUGCAGAUAAAGGGGUGACCGUGGACGAGUUGAAGCAAAGUCAAGAGCGCAAGGACAAGGAACGUCAUGCACGAGGACUGGACAUUGAAACAGGACCGUCUUCGCUGCAAUUGCGCGUUUACAGCUGGACUCUUGGGGCCAAACGGCUUGGAAGACGUGUUGGAAGGAACGUGUACGACUACACGCUGGGCUUUGUUGCUCCGAUCACGUGGACACGUCAAGAAGACGAGGAGCAUCAUCAUCAUCAUCAGUUGCUGGAUUUGCCGGCAAUUCUGAAGUUGGUGAUGGAUGUUCAUGGGUACGAGAUUUUCGUCAAUGGAUCGUUUAAUGGCGAUCCACAUCCUGGGAACAUUUUGCUGCUCGAGGACGGACGCCUUGGCCUCAUCGACUAUGGCCAGGUGAAGCACAUUUCGAAGGAGCACAGGGUCCACCUGGCAAAACUGAUUGUGGCACUUGCAGGUGACGCACGGGACGAUAUCAUUGACGUGCUGACAAAGGACAUGCGCAUUAAGACGGCAAACAUGGAUCCGUAUUUCCUGGAGAAACAGGCUCGAUUGAUGAUUGACAAUGACGACCGCACGGUCACGGAAGGCAUGAAUGCGCAGCUUUUUCUUGAGCACUUGCACACGAUUGACCGGAUUGAGUACAUCCCGGACGAGUACGUGAUGGCGUUUCGCUGCUCGUUGUUGCUUCGUGGCUUCAGCUAUCUCCUGCACUACAAGUUUUCUCAUGCUAAAAGCUGGGAGGGCGUGGCGAGACAGGUGCUGCGCGAAGUAGAAGCUGAGAAAGCAGAGACCCCUGCACAAGCCGCUGCUUCGUAG